AUGUUUGGUCGCCGCGUCUUUGCGAGCGCCGGUGUGCCGCGCCACGUGUGGGCCUCCCUGCACAUCCAGAGCACGCGCCAGGCCCAGCGGAUCCUGCCGUCCCUCGCGCCGCUUCCUCUCGCGACGGGGUGCCACUUGUCAGGUGCUGCUGCUGCAGUCAGCGCAUGGCAGGCAGUCUCCGCACUGGAGCCGCCGCACGGCGACGAGGAUCCCCUCCUCUCGUCCGCGACGCUCGUGUGUCAUCGCAGCUGUCUUUCGUCCCUCGCAGCCUCCUGGUGUAUGCCUUUGAGGACCAUAGUGUGGACACUAAAAAAUAAAUUUCAACACGCAGCUCCACUGCCCUUGGGGGAGUGCCGACGGGAUGUGGUGGGAGACGGCGUAGCCGGGUAA